AUGCAAUCCUGGUUUAACAACAAAGGCAAAAAGGAGCAAAAAGAACAACCUACUGCCGUCAUAACAUCGGAAAUAGACGCAGACAACAAUUCAGGCAAUUUCAACGCUGAAGCCGGCAACUUGGCCGAGGAAGAAAAAAAAUUUGAUAAUGAGCAGGUUUUCCAGCAACAACAACAUGAGGAUGAAGCUUACGAAGAAUCUUUCCCAGAGCCUACUGAAGAGGAGGCAAAAUCUUUAAGAAGGGUUAUGGGCUAUGCUCCCUGGUACUGUUAUUUGAUCUUAUUUAUUGAGUUCGCUGAAAGAUCUUCCUACUACUGUGUUACUAACGUUUUGAAUAACUUUAUUCAACUUCCUCUUCCAGAAGGCGGUCCCGGCACAGGUGCCAUUGCAAAAAGCUCACAACAAGCAGGUGCCCUAGGCCUUGGUCUUCAAGCUGCAAGUGGUAUCACUCUAAUGUUAACAUUCUUAGCUUACUGUUUCCCACUUUACACCGGUUACGUCUCAGAUGUCAAAUGGGGCAGAUUCAAAAUGUUAUGGGCAGGUGUUCUCACCGGUAUUAUUGGUCACCUUAUCUUGAUUUUUGCUGCUAUCCCAAGUGUUAUUGCCAGAGGCAAAUCUGCAAUGGCUGCUGUCAUUAUUGGUAUCAUUCUUUUGGCUAUGUGUACUUCCUUUAUUAAACCUGUCUUGCUACCAACAUUGAUGGCCCAAUAUCCUCACGAAACCGAUGUUGUUGUUACUUUAAAGACAGGCGAACGUGUCAUCAUGGAUAAAGAUUCCUCUCUUCAAAGAAUGUCUAUGAUUUUCUAUUUUAGUAUCAACCUUGGUGCCUUUGUGGCUAUCGGAUCUGGUUAUCUUGCCCGUGAUCAUGGUUAUUGGGCCGCCUUUCUUUUGCCUAUGUGUCUUUAUUUGCUAAUCCCAAUAAUUUUAAUCCCAUUGCAGACUAGAAUGAAAGAUAUUGCACCAAGUGGACGUUCUGUGAUGGUUGAUUCCAUGAAGGUUUUGAAAGUCUGCUUCGAAGGCAACUGGAUUAAGAGAUACAGAAAGGGCCAAUUUUGGGAUUAUGCUAAACCAGCUAAUUUAAAGCAAAUGGGGAGAAUCGGAUGGAAAAAAAAUGUUCCUGGUUUCUAUCCGGACAGUUUUGUAGACGACACUAAAGUUACUGUCAGUGCUUCCACUAUUUUCUUGUAUUUUGUUAUUUUCAAUUUGAACGAUGCUGGUAUUUCUGGUAUGUCCAAUAACUUGACAUUGUCCAUGAAAAGUGACAACGUGCCAAAUGAUUUGAUUAACAACUUUAACCCCUUGGCAAUUAUUUUUUUCAUUCCAUUUUUGGACUACUGUGUAUACCCACUUUUUAGAAAGAUGCAUAUCAACUUUAAACCUGUAUUUAGGAUCUUUACUGGGUUUAUGGUUGCUGCAGGGGCUUCUGUGUCGGGUGCGGUUAUGCAGUAUUAUAUCUAUAAGACAUCUCCGUGCGGAUACUAUGCAACCGAAUGUGCAGAGAAAGGGGAGACAGCACCCAUCAGUUUGUACGUUGUUUGUGUUUAUUAUGCUAUAACAGGUAUUUCUGAGUGUUUUGCUAUGACCUCGUGUUAUCAAUUGGCUUUCGAACGUUCUCCAAGUCAUAUGAAAGGGUUUGUCAUGUCUUUGUUUUUGUUUACCAGUGCUUUAUCUGCCGCCUUAGGUGAAAUUGUUACACCAUCCUUGGUUGAUCCACAUUUAAUUAUUCCAUUUGGUGUGUUGGCAGGAAUCGGUGCUGCUUUUGCAUUUUUAUUUUUGAUUAGAUACUGGAACUUGGACAAGGUUAUGGCUGAAGAAGAAAGAUUAAGAUUAGAGAGAGAAGCAAAGACUUAUGUUAGCGGUGAAAGCCAUUCUGUGGCUGAUGAGUAUAUGAUUAGUCAAGAAGGUGUUGACUUAGAAGCUGCUAGUGUUACAUCUGAUCCAGCUUCAAAUACUCACAAACUAGACCAUGUUUUGAGUUUAACCAGUGCUUUAGAUACUAAAUUAAAAUGA